AUGGAGGGAUCAUCAAUUUGGUCGUCUUCAGAAGGCGCCACUGAUCUCUGCCGGGAGGCUGACAGUGCGGAUCGAAUCCACGCGGACACGCCAGAAGAUCAGCUUCUGCCAUUGGCUUCUCUCCAAUACCAUUCUUCUACUCAGACUAGCCCAUCCCAGCUUCUCCACGACUCUGGAGAGGCGCUGGCUUCUUCGAGCAAUCCUACGACAUCUCACAGUAUCCUACGCGAUCCCAAUUUCUUGGAUCUCGUUAGAUCAUCAGACGUGUCUACAAUUGCUUCUGGAUUCGGCUUCGCCCGCAGUAAUCAACAUCGCCAUGUUGAAUCCCUAGAGCCAAAGGAUUUUUCUACCGGGGCAGACUCGGCCAAUGAUAAUAAUCUGACAGAGUCAAUCUCCUCAGCACAGCUGGGAAGGUCUGAGUUCUUCGCCUCGGUCGAUCAUCGCAACAGGACGGCUGAAGCUAUCUCUCUUGAGGAGCUCAUUCAAAACACACUUCGCUCGUCGGCGUCAGCGUCAGAGGCUCUACGCCAAUUUACUGUCCAUCGACUGUCCUCGUAUCUCGCAGACCUACCCCCCGACUGGAAAGCGAUGGGGCUCUAUUCGGCUUUCUUAGUGAACUACUCCAAAACAGAGCUUGCACUCCCAGAGGGCAAGAUGUCAAUUGAACCAAAAGUCUUUGAGGCUGGUUUCAACACUCGAUUAUGCACUCGCUCACUGCGCCUUUACCCAGAUAAACCCCCUCCGAUGGUUAGGUAUAAGCUUCAUGGUAGUCAUAGACAAUUUGCCGCCUUCAUGGGAGAAGAGACAGUGCACAUGAGAGGGAUAGCAGCAUGGAGUGUGCUUGUCGAUGUUAUGUCCGAGUCGUCCUACGUCUUCCCAUUAUCGCCAGGCUUCGAAAAACUCGCCGCCAAUUUUUUCAAUGGAAACACAGUACAUGAUGCGGACUAUUACGAAUCUAUAUCAGAUGCAAAGCAGGAAAACGAGCUAGAGUCUGGUCCCCAAGACCAAACUUUAUUACAUGGAAUAAACUAUGUCAUUACCUACUACCAGGGUGACUGGAGCGAGAUUUUGAGGGGGGACGUCAUUCACCGCGAUUCGGUACUUGCCAUAUUCCUCCAAGAUCUCAUUAUGAAUAAUGAGUUGGAAGAGUCCGUUCGCCGACGCUCUCCUUUUCAAGGUCUCGUGGUGCGGGAACAGACACAGCUCAUCAAAGCCGCCGAGCGAGAUUUGAGCGACGAGGCCGUUGCUUCGCAACGGACUGUUAGUACUACUGUUGAUCAGACUAAUGACCCGGUUACAGAUACGACUAAUACCUCCGCCGAUAAAGCCAAGAGUAUUGUUGCUAACACUCAUUUCCCUUCUGUCGUGAACGAGAGCAACGAUAGCUUUUCCAAUGGCAACAAUGGCAGUAAGAAAAUUGCUGAUAAUACUGGUCAUCUUGCUCUUGAUCUUAGGAUCAGUCAUUCAAUGGGCACUGCUGAUUCAUUGGCCAAGGAUGAGCCUAUGAAGAUAAAUCAGGCCGAUGGAAAGACGCGUCGGAAGAGAAAAAAGAAUAAGGGCAAAUCCAAACAGGUCCCGGCGUCCGAGACAGCAUCUGACACCAAAUGUGUUCCUAGUGGAUUCGCAAGGUCAUCGUCUCACAAGCCCUCUGAGGUUGGGACAUCAAAAGAAGACCAGCCUGGUACAUCUGAUCAACCAUCAAAACAAGAACAGCCUGGUACAUCCGAUAAGCCACCAGAUGAUGAGGAGGGUGGGGCUUGGAGCGUUGUGCAGUCUAAAUCAUCUCGAAAGUCGAGUAAGCUCACACGAGGAUUAGGAAAGUCCACAAGCUCGAGACACGCAUCAGACCACUUGGCGGGACAGUCCUUUAAAGACGCAACAACACUAUCUAAUCAGAGCUUUCAAAUGAAUCCCCCCCAGCAGCCGUCGCGACAGUCGCGGAAAUAUGGCACCUCACUAAAUCCUCAGGGGCCCCAUAGAGAGCAAAAUACAUCGACAAGAAAGGAUGCACACCUUCAGAAAUCCCGCAAAAGUCAAGCGACGUAUAAGCCAGCUCUAAACCCUACAAUGGGCCAGACAGAGAAGCUAGUCGCAAAUAUGGAAUCUGUCGUAAAGGGUGUUGAAAAGAACAAGAUCAUCAAUUCGGAUGAGUUCUCUGCUAUACCUUCCAAAGCUUCAGCAUCGCCCACCCCAGCCGAGCAAGAAGUUUCGAAAGACGUAGAAGAACCACACCAUUUCACAGCCUCUUCGUGUCCAAUGAAGGAUGCCAGCAGUGAUCGAGGUACCGACGACAACAGUUCCAAAGGCAGUGGUUCUGGACCAAGCCACCAUAUUCCCACAUCAAUCAAAGAUGUUGAGGAUGGACCACACGUACAUCUUGCUGCAGCUGAUGGGGUGGUCGAUCUCCCGGAGGUUCCAAACGAACCCCCUCCCACGGACCAGGACUUUCAGCAUAGCCCUAAUGCUUCAUAUGGCGGAGAACACGAUCACGUAAUGAGUGCUGGCCGUGCCAGUAUCCCUACUGGCAACACCGACAACCACUGCGCACAAGAUUCGUCUCUUUCGCAUAUGACGGAAAACAUGGAAGCGGGUCUUAACCUCAACCCUGGUGUUUCUGGCCAGACUCCCGGAGCCUCUUACACAACCUCCCAGUACGUCGAUCAAACAUCUGGAACGAAUGUUCAUAAUUCCGACGGUCACAAUACAGGAAUCAGAGCUCAACCUGAUUCGCAUCCUACUACCAACUUUCCCACGGCAACGGAGGCCACAGACUACCCUCAUCCUCGAAGCUUGCCCGGCCAUGGACAUCAGCAGCGUGGUACGGUGCCGAUGGAAAGUAGUUAUUCUGUCAAGGAACCCUCGAACGAAGUUAAUGAACGCCCUCGACAUCAAGCUCCAGAUUUUAGUCCUGUUCCAUACAAUUGCACCUAUUGUCAGGAACGUACAAUUGCUAGCAACGAAAACCCCGUGUUUUUAUGUUCAGGUUGUGGUCCAUACAGCAAUAUCCGAUACUGCUCCAUUGCCUGUCUUCUGGCCGACGCUUACGGUCAUUCGCAACGCUGUACGCGGUUGUCAGCGUCCGAGAGAUAUAUGACCCACGAUAUUCCAGAACCAACCUACGAACCGAAUUCGAUUGUUCCGCUGUCGGGUUACGACGAGUCGGCAGAGAGAUUCCGCCAGAGGGCCUUCUCGGUGUAUUGCUCUUCUGGAGACUUUCCUCGGUUAUUCAUGGCUUGGGCAAAGAAGUUCAAUUACACUCGCCCACAAAGCUUUGAUGUGAGCGAGUCAUUCAAGAGAACCGGCGAGUAUGCUGUGUUCAAGUCCAGAGCUACUGGUCCAGCACAGCGGAGCAAUCCACAUGCUGAUGUGAUAUACACAACCAUCAGGAUAAAACUCUUCAGCGGUGAUCCGAAGAAGGAGGCUCUCAAGCGGACUCUUAAUGCUUGCUUUCUGCUGUUCGAUGUCCGCAUUGUAGAGUUCCUAUUUCGCUUGAUCCGCUAUUUGAUUCUCAACAAAGAAUACUUCGAGUUUUUCAAAUAUUCAGAAAAGCCGCCCGUUGUCUUUCAAGAAUUCCAGCAUCAAUUUUGGCGCGAAUUCAAUUUUGACGCUACAAUGCAAUCGAAUCCGUCAGAUGUUUUCAACUUCGACAGAGAGUGGGAGCACGCAGAGCAUCUAGUGGAAGAUUUGGAGCGCAAACAUCCAGUUUUGCAGCCUGGAUAUGGACACUAAACUGUGAUUGGAGAUGCUGUUGUGAGUCAAGGUUGGAUCCCAAUUGUUCCGUGCGCAUUCCCCGUGCUUAUGCAGCGAGUUACUUGAACAAUGCUGCGGUCAGCUGGCCCAGAGUUUACAUAGCAGAGGAGGUAUGGCCAAAACUUUCCGUUACUGGUCUACUUAUGCAUAUGGAGAUGAUUCCGCAGGCUGUCUGAUGGUUUACUAAAGGGGCGUUUUUUUUUAUUUCUUUUCACUGGCGUAUCUUGUGCAGGGAGUGUUACAGAUUUGAUUCUAGAGACUCCGAGAGAGUAACCUUCCAGGAC